AGGCGGAUAUUCGCCAUGUUACGCUAUACAAAUGUGUAUCUUUGUGUGUUAGUGCUAUUCAUAUUAUAUUAUAUAGAGUCAAUAGAAGCUGGAAGAUUCGGUGGUGGCGGAAGCGGAAGGCAUUCCUAUCCGAGUUCUACUGGGCUGUCUGCUGGAGGCUCUCAUAGCUAUCCCAGUACUCACAGUUACCCUAAUAGUAGCACAAAUUACGGUUACCCGAGCAACCCAUGGCAUCUCUCCUACCCUAGACCGGGCUCUAGCAACAGUAGCUACUAUGGAUAUCCGGUAAAUACCGGCAACUCAAGCAGUGGGACUACAAUUCAGCACUACUAUUAUAAUCCCCCUCCGCAAAUACGCUACGCGUCAACCGAUGGUGGACCAGCGGUGAGCUACCCAGUGUAUCGCGGAUUUUUACCCUCAUACGUAUACCAAUCCAGAUAUUCUGGGACCAGGUACGGUACAUUGUUAACUGGACUGGCAUUGCUUAACCUCGGGGCCCUCACUAGCCUUGCCGGCUACGGCAUAGGUAAUCAUUCACCAUCAGACAGCAAACACUACCUACACUACAAAGUACAACCCGGUGAAAUUUGCUUAUUCGGUAUCAAGGAAGAUAACGGUGAUUUCGAAGAAGUCAGGAUAGACUGCAAGUUUAUGAAUAGCUUUAUUAUCGCUGAACUCGUCAAAUUACAGCAACAGAAUUCUCAGAACCAUACCACCGAGACGAAUACUGUGUCGAGUACGACGACUCAAGGUACAUUACGUGUUAACCCUUUUUACGUGAUGACCUCGACAGCAGAAGCUGGAAAUGCAACUAAGGGAGCUCCAGCCGCCGGUGGAACUGUGACGUCAUCUGUAACAAUCACGACCACCAAUACGACGGUCGUCAACGCAUUUGACGUUAAGGGACCACCUAUCGAGCUGAAACCUGGAAUGCAAUGUUAUGUAAUAAGGAACACACCCCUUUCUAAAAUGAAGAAGGAGGUCCUUUGUGGCUUAUUACAGGCUUAUGCUGAUAAAUCUUUCGACAGCAGUUCGACUAUACGACCAGUGUUGAACAAUACUGGAGACGGCAUUGAGCGCAACUAUCCAAUUAGUUGGGGUAAUUCUUCUGCACAAUAUGCGUAUACCGGUCUGAAUCAUGGACAUUUUUUCAGCGGACAUCCCCCAUUACGUUACUGUGUACAUCAACCCGGAGGAAGGUACCCCGGCCGCGGUGGUAGACGACGACCAUGCCCCACACGCCACUACUAUCGCUCUCGUUUAUGUGAUUGGUACCAAAAACAAGCAAGUAGCAACCAAAGCUGUCAGUCAUGGUCUAAUUACUGUUACUUUCCUCCGCAACAAAUUAUAUACACGUCGCCUCGAGGCGGGUCACAAAUAAACUACCCUGUUUAUCGUGGACCUUUACCUUUAUCUGUCAGUAGAUACUUAGAAUCCGGGAGCAAGUACAGUACGUUAUUAGCUGGAUUAGCAUUGUUUGACGCUGGAGUAAACAUUUAUGCAACAUGCAAUGCUUCCAGCGUUGAUGACUUACCUUCUAAAAACUACAUGCCACUGAACGAAGUGUGUUUAUUCGGUAUCCAUAAAUAUAAUGGAGACUUCAGAGAAACGGAGAUAUACUGUCGUGAUACGAUAAGUGGAAUUAUGUACGCCGAACAGAUUAAGCAAAUAAAUACAGUGAACACAACUAACGGAGCAAAUACUACUUUUGAUAACACAACCAAAGCCGAGGACAUGCUAAUGUACAUGUACAAGUUGUCGACAUUUAACAUUUCAGAUACAACGAGCGAAGGAGUUUCCGUUUCAAAUGGAAGUGCGACGUUAAAGGUUACGCCAAUUACUAAUACGAGUAACGAUACGCUGAUGCCACCAGCGUCAAAUACGACCGUAGAGACGUUAUCGCCGCCAGUGUCAGAAACGACAGUGAAAACGCCGAUCCUGCAAGCAUUAGACGUUAAAGGAAAGCCGAUCGAAGUGACAUCUGAUAUGGAGUGCUAUGUCAAAAGGAUGAUAACAUCCAGUUCUGGAAUGAAAAUAGAAUUCCCAUGUGGCGUUUUACAGAUUUAUGCUGACGAGUCUUUAAAACCUAAGUCUGGCCUCAACGUGGAGAGUACGAGUACACAAGCAACGUUGAAUGCUAGUGGAAACCGCAAUGGUAGUGCGAACAGCUUUCUUAGUGGUGGCUCAAGCGGAAACCAUCAUUAUCCCAGUCUUGGUGGAAAUUCAAAUACAAUAAAAUAAUGUACGACGCGGUGGAGAUUAAAACUAAAGAGUUAUGUACGUAACUACUACAAAGAAUGAUUGUAACAUUUGUAACUAACCUGCUUGUAUUAUGUAUAAAAAUGUCAUGUACAUAAUUAUCGCUGCAUAAUUAAAUUCAUUAAAUAUUCUGACAUACGA